UAAUCUUUGUAAUUCUAUAUAUCCUCUCCUCUUCCAAAAGCCGCCUUUCUAUUUGAGUUAAUUACUGUUGAUGCCACUCCAGACUCUCCAGAACUAGAAAGAUAACAUGCAUCCACUUGGUUCGAUCCAUCCAUCAGAUCAGAGAGAUCUCUACGCGGGAAGCAAACGAAACGACCCUUCCUUCCUUGUGCCUUCAGGAAUGAAUCCGCCGGAUCUCUCUUAGAUUGUUCACGUCCGAGAUCAAUGGAGGCUGAGGUGGGAUCGUCGGCGAUGUUCCUUCAUCAUCAUCACCACCACGAUGUGCCCGCCGCAGCGAAGAAGCGGGAUUUCUCCUGGUCUUCAUCGUCAUCGUCCCCGUCCCCUGCCUUCCUCUACAAUCAGCACCUUUCCGGAGAUUGGAACCCGGCCAUGUGGAAUUGGGAUAGCCGGAGAUUUACCGCAAACGCGCAACCUCAUCUCCAGCCCGUUCUGGAGCCGGAGACGCCCAGAGACAUGGAUGAGGAUGCUGAGACCCUCACAUUGAGGCUUGGAGGGGGGCUUUUCGACGAGGAACAGCCACCGCCGCCUCCUCCUCAGUUGCCGCCGCAGCCUGUGGCGAGGCCUAACAAGAGGGUCCGGUCUGGGUCGCCGGGAAACCACCCGAUGUGCCAGGUGGACGACUGCAAGGUCCUGCUCACUGAAGCCAAGGACUACCACCGGCGGCACAAGGUGUGCGAGCUCCACAGCAAGACCGCCAAGGCCCUUGUUGCCAAUCAGAUGCAAAGAUUUUGCCAGCAGUGCAGCAGAUUCCACCCCUUGUCAGAGUUUGAUGAGGGGAAGAGGAGCUGCAGACGCAGGCUUGCGGGGCAUAAUCGGCGAAGGAGAAAGACCCAACCUGAGGAUUCUGCCUCACGCCUUUCAGUGCCUGCAAAUCUAGACAACAAUGGCAAUGGGAACGUGGACAUACUCAGCUUGUUAACUAUUCUGGCUCGUUUGCAAGGGAAAAGCACAGACAAAGUUGGGAGUUCAGCUCCUGACAAAGACCAUCUCGCUCAGAUUCUUAGCAAAAUCAACUCCUUGCCUGCUCCCAAUUCCUCUUCAAUGGCGAAUGUUCCGAAAGGCCUAGACUUGAAUGCUGCUCUGGUCUCUCAGCUGCCAGCCUCUGAGCAGCAGAACAAACCAAAUAGCCACCAAUCCUCAACAUCCUCAACAAUGGACUUGCUUACCGCUUUCUCUACUGCACUUGCUAACUCGUCCCCAGACACCUCUCUUGGAGCUGUAUCUCAAGGGAGCAGUAAUUGUAGUGCGGUUGAUAAUACCAGUGCAGGACAGUUGCAGCCUGCUACUGGUGCCAAUUUGCUUGCCAAGCCAAUCCAAGUCCCCGCGUCAGUUGGAGCGGCGAGGAGCAGCUCUACUCUUCAGUCUUCCGUAGAGGUGUCAGAUCAUCAAGAGCGAGAAGUCGAGCCAAGUUUGCCUUUGCAGCUCUUUUCCUCUUCUGCUGAAGACGACAGCCCUCCCAAGUUUGGGGGCUCUUCAGUGAAGUAUUUGUCCUCAGAGAGCAGCAACCCUAUGGAUGAGCAAUCACCUUCAUCAUCUCCCCCUAUUGCUCAAAAACUAUUCCCUCUACAGUCAGAACACAAGAACUUGACAAAUGAAAGGAUGAUGCCAGUCUGCAGGAAGGAAGAUGUGAUGGUCGAAGCAAGUACCAGUGCUGGGUGGAAAGCACCUCUGAAUCUUUUCAAAGGCCCAGAAAGACAAGCUGAAAAUCAAGCAGAUCCCAGUCUAACAUCUCAUGCAAGCUAUGCUUUUUCUUCUGUACCAAUUCAUUCUGAUAGGCAGGACCGGACUGGGCGAAUUAUUUUUAAACUAUUUGACAAAGAUCCCAGCAACUUCCCUGUGACUCUGCGCACACAGAUAUUGGAUUGGCUCUCCCACUUUCCAUCUGAAAUGGAGAGUUACAUUCGGCCGGGUUGUGUUGUCCUCUCCAUUUACAUUUCAAUGCCUUCUGUUGCAUGGGAUGAACUUGAAGAUAACCUUGUGCAGCGCGUCAUGUCACUGAUUCAGCAUGUUGAUUCAGACUUCUGGCAGAGUGGGAGGUUUUUGGUUCAGACUAAUAAACAACUAGCAUCUCACAAGGAUGAUAAGGUUCGCCUCUGUAAAUCAUGGAGUACAUGGAUCGCUCCCGAACUGACAUCAGUGUCUCCUUUAGCUGUUGUAAGUGGGAAAGAGACUUCCCUUGUUUUGAAGGGUAGGAAUUUGACCCUUCCUGGAACCAUGAUUUACUGCACUUAUAUGGGAGGAUACACAUCGAAAGAGGUUUUGGGUUCAACUCACCCAGGUACAUUAUAUGAUGAUUCCAGCACAGAAAGUUUUGAUUUUCAUGGAGGACCUCCCAAGUCAUUUGGUCGUUGUUUCAUUGAGGUUGAGAAAGGUUUCAAAGGAAACAGUUUUCCUCUUAUCAUUGCGGAUGAUGCCAUUUGUCAAGAGCUGAGAGCCCUGGAAUCUGAGCUCGAGCAAGAGACGACAUUAACAGACACAAUUUCAGAGGAUUAUAGUACACCAAACUCCAGGGAAGAUAUUUUGCACUUCCUGAAUGAGCUUGGAUGGCUCUUUCAGAAAAAGAGCAGUAGUUCCUUAUUGGUGGAGUUCUCCACCACAAGAUUUAGGUUUCUGCUUGCAUUUUCAGUUGAGCAUGACUGGCCUGCUCUUGUCAAAACACUCCUUGACAUGCUUGUGGAACGUAGCUCGAUGGGAGAUGAGCUUGUGCAGGAAUCACUGGAAAUACUGUUGGAAAUUCAUCUCUUGGCCAAAGCAGUGAAGAGGGGGUGUAGGAACAUGGUCAAUCUACUCCUCAAUUACUCCGUGGAGGUUGACAGCAGUAAUGGAUCCAAAAUAUACCUUUUUCCUCCAAAUUCAUCAGGCCCAGGUGGAGUGACCCCCCUACAUCUGGCUGCUUGCAUGCAGAACUCGGCUGAUAUGGUUGAUGCACUGACUAAUGACCCUCAAGAGAUUGGACUGAGAUGCUGGAAUUCGAUUCUGGAUGAUAGUGGACAUUCCCCAUUUGCAUACGCAUUGAUGAGGAAUAACCACGCAUACAAUAAACUUGUUGCCAGGAAACUUGUGGAUAGGCAAAAUGGCCAAGUGUCUAUAGCAGUUGGAAAUGAUGAAACCUCUUUAGACAAGUCAUGGAUCAUUGAGGACCAUGAUGAACCACGUAGUCACCCUAUGCAAGUGAGUUCUUGUGCCCGGUGUGUCAUGAUGGAGACUGUGAGGGUUAAGAGAAUCGUUCACACACGUGGGUUGCUUGAGCGUCCAUAUAUCCAUUCCAUGCUUGCUAUUGCUGCAGUCUGUGUCUGUGUGUGCCUGUUCCUCCGAGGUCUGCCUGACAUUGGCUCUGUUGCUCCAUUCAAGUGGGAGAACCUGGACUAUGGCCCCAGGUAGUGUCAAUCACGAGGAGGUUGCAAAUUACACGUGGAAAAUCAUCUUAUGUUAGGAAAUUCCUUGUCUGACAAGUAUCAGUAGACACAUAGUCAAUACAUAUAUCUGUAAAAUAGUUAUGGAGGUCUGUGUAAUGAACACAACUUAAGAGGAAAUGGAUGAGUUCGUUGUGUGAGGAUUUAUCAAGAGAGAGUGGAAUGCAUACCAAAGGAAAGGAGCUUGUACGGAAGAAGUGUUUGGGAAGAAAGUAAUCCUCAGAAUACAGGUCUUUUGAGGAGAUGGCUCUGGUUGCUGGAACAGCGGCAGGGUGUGAUCACAGUGUUAACAGGCAUUGCGUUUUGCUAGCUGAAGGAGGCAGAAAUGAAUCUGAGCAUUUUGAUGUUAUUUAUAUCAAAAUUCUAAUUGCGCCAUUUUCUGUGGUCGUCUGAGUUUGCUGUUGUUGUUGUACUUGCAACACCUUGCACUGGAACUGAAGUGCAGUACAUGCAGAUCAGUGCCUGGUGUACUCCAAAAUAAUGGAUGAAAGAGUGGAUGGGUUUCUGUUAUAAUCUAGCAUGGUGUUUAGUGUUUGAUCAUGCUGAGAGAUCCAUCAAUCAGUAAUAUGCUGUGUGUCUAUCUUUGUAUCUAAAAUUUCCUUAUUUAUGCGAACUGCUCUGAUCCAUUUGGCUUUUGUCAUGUUUUCUUUGUAAUAAGAGACUAAAUAUGUUGAAUUUGUGGUA